UGCACCGCAACUUCCUCUUCCUCCACCGUCCGCCCCACUCCCCACUUCCCGCCGCCGCUCUACGCCUCUUUACAUCUCUUUUACACACAGUCACACAGUAAAACGAGCCCAAACUCACAUGCUAUAUCUUUUUCUGAAACCCAACAAUCUUCCCGAAGUCCAAUUACUAUAGAAAUCCAAGAGCAAACUAGAAGAGAUAAUGGUGGGACGGUCAUGUUUAGCAGGGAUGGAGGUCCCAAUAAUCGGCAGCGAUUCUAUCAAGUGGUUUCAAGUUUCAGUUCCGUCUAAUUCAUCUUCUUCGGCUUCUUCGACAUCCGCUCCUGCUACUACUCUCAGUAGAGACUUCGCGUCCUGUUCUGCUAUUGGAAAUCCUCCUACUUAUCUCAUUUGGAAAACUAGCAAGGGUCAGCCAAAUGUUCUUGAAAUAUUAGAGGUUUAUGGUGACAAAGAAUUCCCAAAGAUUGGACUGCAGAUUUCAUUUCCGGACGCCCUCUUUCCAUUUGUUUAUAUACAACAGGAUGAGAGCAAUUUUGGUUCCGAGAAAACUUACUUGCUUUAUACCGUGACGGUUAAUGGUGUUGCCUUCCUUGUAAAACUCAAAGGACUUCACAAAUAUGCUUCUUCCUCAGUUGUUGCAUCCAAUGAGGUUGUCGAGUAUAAUACACAAGCUAAUCCACAAUGCGGAGUCAUAACAGCAGCAGCAGCUUCUUCCAGAUGUCUCAUAGUUGGGAGAAAUGAUGGAUCUAUUGGUUGUUUUCAACUUGGCUUGCUCGAUGCUACAGCUCCAGGCUUCAUGUGGGAGCUACGGGAUGAUGCUGGUUUUGGGCGAUUGUGGGGUAUAGUAUCAAGGAGCAGGAUUUCAGCUCCUGUGCAGGAUUUGGCAGUUGUAGAGGUGCACCAGAGAAAGCUUAUUUUUGUGCUUCAUUCUGAUGGGAUCUUUCGAGCUUGGGACCUUGCAAACCGGAGCAAAAUUUUCAGUCAUGCUAUUACUGUUCCAACAGUUACAGGAACUAUAUUUCUCAAAUUAUGGGUGGGUGAUGAUAACAGGGCAAUGAAUAUAAUUCCGUUGGCAAUUCUACAUAAGAAUAGUAUGGAAGUUGAGAUGAUAUCUUUUUAUGGCCUUAAUUUGGGUUUUGGGGACAAGAUGAUUUUCACACUAGAACCUUUGAUAACAGACAUCACUCUAGAAGAGGGUGGACCUGUUGAUGUCAUACUUACUUCAGACAAAGUUUGGAUACUAAAAGAAGAUGGAUUGCUCAUGCAGGAGCUAUUCUGCCAAAAAGAGGCAGUCACACAUUCAUACGGCUUGCAAGAAGCAUUUGUAGCUGAUCAGCUGUUUCAGAGUUCUGAACAUUUUGCAGAUGAAAUCCUUUGGCUAGCCCAUACAGUUUUUUCAUCUUCAAAGGAUCAAAUCUCCCAAAUUGUUUCUUCGAUAUUCUUACAUAGGUUGCUUCUUCCUGGGGUGUAUCACAGCACUGUCCUUCGGACAACAUUACAGUAUUACAACAAGCACUUUACUGAUUCUGAGUUCGAUUCCUUUACUGUGGAUGGACUGAAAAAUGAAAUCCAGUCACUCAUUGAGAAUGAGGGAUGUUCUGGAAGUCCUCUUCCAGUAUUACAGUGGUGGAAAACGUUUUGUGCCCAGUAUAGCCAUAAUUGGUGCAAAACUAAUGCAGUUUGUGGUUUAUUUCUUGAUUCAUCGACUGGUGCUGUUGGUUUGAUCAGAAAGAAUAUGUUCUCUCUAUGCCGAAUGUUGGAGGACAUUGAGCUUUUCAUCUAUGGUUCUUUUGACGAAAGUGGGAAUUCUACUAGUUCUGGAGCUGAAUUUUCCAAUGAUGAACUUGACCGAGAGAUUCUUUUUGGGGUACUUCAGUGCAUUAGCAGUGUGAGCCAACAGUUGGGCAAAGCUGCUUCAGCUAUAUUUUAUGAGUCCCUACGUAACACACCAAAUAUAUCAUGCGAAGAAGUUCUUCCUUGUUUGCUGAAGAUUUUAGAAACAGGAUACAGUGCAUCGAUAGUGUCAGUGCAUGUCUCAGAAAUUGGAGCUGAUAUUGCAUGGGAAAAGGAAGCGGCAAAUCACAAGAAUUUGAGGAAAUUUUCUAUGGAUCUGUUUCUCUCUCUUCAUGCAUUGCGCUCUAGAGCUACUUCAUGGGGCAGAGUUUUGGAUGUCAUUCAGAGCUAUUUAAGGUUUCUAGUGCCUCGAAAAAUCGUCCACAAAAUGGAUUUUCAAGCAAUCCUAAAUGUCAAUAUUUUUGCUGCAGUGCAGGCUACUUCCCAAGUUGCUAAAGUCAUGUUUGAAUCUGCACUUGAAUUACUCGUACUGCUGACUUACAUGGUUAACCUAAAUGGGAAGAUCCACAUGUCACAUGAUGAUGCUUCUAGAAUAAAGCUUGAGCUAGUCCCAAUGAUUCAAGAAAUUCUGACUGAGUGGCAUAUCAUUCAUUUUGUUGUGACCACGCCCACUGAAGCUCCUGUCUUGGAAGAUUUUAGUUAUCAACUUUCAUCCUUACACAUUGAUAACAAGAUUGAUAGGAGAUCCUUAAAUGAUAAGCUUGGAAAAUGUGACUUCACAUUGGGUUUUAUCCUAUUACUUAAUCUUCGAAGUUCUUCUGGAGAUCAGAGGCACCUCUCUUCCAGAAACCUGUCUGAUUGUUGCAGCAUAACUAAUUUAGUCCGCGAGUUCACUAGCUGGAUAAUAUGGGGAAGUAGUGGAGAAGAAUCUUCUGUUUUCUUCAUCCAUUUAAUUGAACUUGCUUUUAUCUUUCUCAGACAUGGCCAGUACAAUGCACUUGAGUAUCUUCUCAAGUUGGUGGAUGCAUACUCUCGGAAGCAGAAAAUUUGUGAAAGCCUUCAGAGUGCAGAUGGGGAAUGGCCAACUCUCCUCCAUCUUCUUGGGUGUUGCCUCAUUCAACAGACACAGCGUGGACUGCAUAGGAUGCUGAAAGAAAGAAAAAUUUCUGAAGCUGUGUACUGCUUUUAUAGAGCUGCAUCAGUGCAAGGAGCUCCUGAUGCUUUGCAAAGUUUGCCACAAGAAGCAGGAUUGGCAUACCUUGGUUUCACUGGUUGCAGCUCAGAUGCAUUGUGGAAGCUUCAUUACUAUCAAUGGGCUAUGCAGAUAUUUGAACGAUAUAAUAUAAGUGAAGCUGCUUGCAAUUUUGCUCUUGCUGCACUUGAGCAAGUUGAUGAAGCUCUUGGCAGUAAGGAUGACAGCUCUGGACAAGAUCCUCUUGAUGAAUCAGCAACUGUUGUCAAAGGACGACUGUGGGCAAAUGUCUUCAAGUUCACUUUGGAUCUGAACUUUUAUCAUGAUGCAUAUUGUGCUAUAAUUUCAAAUCCAGAUGAGGAGAGCAAGAAUAUUUGUCUGAGGCGAUUCAUCAUUGUUCUUUUAGAGCGUGGUGCAGUUAAGAUUCUUUGUGACGGCCAGCUACCUUUUAUUGGCUUAGUAGAGAAGGUUGAAAAAGAGCUUGCUUGGAAGGCAGCACGCUCAGAUAUUUUGGCCAAUCCGAACCCUUUAAAAUUGCUCUAUGCUUUUGAAGUGCAUAGACAAAACUGGCGUAAAGCUGCUAGUUUUAUUUAUUUGCAUUCUACUCAGCUUAAAACUGAAGCAGCAAAUAAAGAUAAUCAGCACAGGUCCUUUGCCCUGCAAGAGAGGCUUAAUGGGCUAUCUGCUGCUAUUAAUGCUCUGCAACUUGUUCAUCCUGCUUAUGCUUGGAUCGACUCUCUACAUGAAGAAUCCACUCACAAAAAAGAACAUUAUCCAAGUAAAAAGGCUAGGAUAACAAGGCAUGAACAGGCUCCCGCUGAUGUUGAUGGACCUCAACAUCUGUACUCCUUUUUGGAAAUUGAAGAAAUUGAGAAUGAGUAUGUCAUAACAUCUGCAGAAUAUUUGCUCUCACUAGCAAAUAUUAAAUGGACUUUUACUGGAGAUGACAAACCUCCAGAAAAUUUGGUUGACCUGUUGGUGGAGGCAAAUUUGUACGAUAUGGCUUUCACAGUGGUUUUGCGAUUUUGGAAGGAUUCAGGACUGAAGAAGGAACUUGAAAGAGUAUUUGCUGCAAUGUCAUUGAAAUGCUGCCCAACUGGAAUAAACCCCUCACUUUUUGGGAAUCAUAGGAUGCAAGGUUUUCUCUUAACUUCAUCUCAGGAAGAGGAGAGCUUGCUUGAUAUGGGAGCUAUAGCACAACAAUCCAAGGGCAAUAGUCAGUGGGAAACACUUGAAGUCUAUCUUGGAAAAUACAAACAGUACAACUCAAGAUUACCUAUAGUGGUUGCUGAAACUCUUCUUGCUUCUGAUCCACAGAUUGUUUUACCCCUUUGGUUGGUCCAAUUGUUUAAGGUUUCUCGGCAGGAAUAUGGCUUUGGAAUGAUAGGAAGUGAAUCUAGCCCUGCAUCACUGUUUCGGUUAUAUGUUGAUUAUGGCCGAUACGUGGAAGCAACUAAUGUGCUACUUGAAUAUAUUGAGUCUCUUGCGUCACUGAGACCAGCUGAUAUUAUUCGCCGUAAAAGACAAUGUGCAGUGUGGUUUCCAUACACCACUAUUGAGCGGUUAUGGUGCCAACUUGAGGAGUCAAUCAGGUUAGGUCACAUGGUUGAUCAAAGUGAGAAGCUGAAAAAGCUGUUGCAUGGAGCUUUGCUCAAGCAUCUUAAUCUAAUAAAGGUUGAUUCGGAUGAUGUGCAGUCUUUCACUGUAUAGUAGGGUUGAUAAAGUUCUGCUAAGUGUACCGGUCAGUGUCAAGAGUGACAUGGAUCAUGAGCCUCAGGACAUGGAAGUCUUCAAUCCCCAGCUCCCAUUUACCAAGCAAGUUACACAAAAUUGGAUCUCAGGUGGUGUAUACUGUUUUCAUUUUGGAUAUUGUCCUCUCCUCGUCUGCAUCUCAUGUGGCCACUGUCAACUGUAUUAUUACUGUUGAAUGCUGAGUUAUCGUAUGCUUCAAGUUCUGUGGUGUGUCACCAACUGCUUCACUUAUCAGGCAGAAAGAUAACCUUGCUAGUUGAUUCGUUGGGCCCUUAUCUUCUAUCAACUGCCAUUGCUGUAUAUAUGUCAAUCCUUUGGCCAGACAAUGUUUUUUUUUUUUUCUCAGAGAUUUCUGUUGUACAAAUCCGGCAUCUUGAGACCAGGUUUGAUUAUGUGUAGCAGUCUCGUUCCAGAAUCGCGUCACUUUAGUGAGUCUUGUAGUCGUUGUUUGUGCAAUAGAGGAUGUAGUUCUAGCUCACAUAUCCAUAUUCUUUUCUUUUGUAGCUGAAAGCGCAACCAAUUCAUCAGGGACCUUUUAGCUGACAUUUCCAUA